CAGUUUCCUCUGCAAUAGAAGUGAUCAGUAUUUCAUAUUUAAACCAUCUUGUUAUCUGGAAGAACAAACUGCUCCAGUAAAUCCAUGGAAGAGUCUGGGUCUGUUUUAACACUUUGGUGAUUUUACUUCCAGUUUCUCCACUGAUCGGCUCCUUCAUGAAGAGUUUCAGCAGACUGGAGUCAGGGAGCUUUUUUGGUUUGAGGGAGAUUUCGUCCCUCGUGUCCCAGAAAAUGACGAGUCCUCUGGAGAAAAUGGUGGCUGAGAAGAAGGAGACCAUCGAGGCGCUGAUGGACAUGUUUGAGAAGGGCGCCGAGGUGUUGGCGAGCGCCGUGGGUGAGAUGUUCCCGCUCUGCGAGGCGGCCGCUCCGGUCCUGAAGCUGGUCUUGAGCAACGUUCACAGCAAGGAGGUGUUUUACGUCAAAGAGCAGUUCCUGACGGUGAGGGGCAAGCUGGACGUGCUGUCCAACCAGCUGGAGGACAUCGAGUCUGAGCUCAGGAAGGGAGACCUGGACCGCGACUACUUCUCCGUGGAGGAAAACAUCAGGAACCAGUUUAGGAAGUACAUGGACAUCUUGGAGGCGAAGCCGCAGUUCAGGGAGGUGAAGAAGAAGUUGUUUCUGGAUCACUUCACUAAAACCGGAGGAGAGAAGAACCUGUGUGUGCUCUACGAUGCUCUGAUGGGAACCAACACCUUCAAAGAUCCGAUUUUAGAUACAGUAGAGAGAAAUCUCUUGAUGGAGCAUCGACUGGAAAUAAACUCUACAACUGCUUCUGUUUGCAGUUAUGUUGGGAGGAACCGGCGCCUCCUGGAGGAUUUCUGCGUCCGGAUGAAGGAGCUCUUCUGCCUGGGUUUGAUUUCUCUGCUGGGCUACUGCGCCCUCACCCAGAGCCCAGAGGAAGAAGAGGACAAGAUCCGAGAGUGGAGCGCCAAAAUCGAAGAGGUAGAGUCUAAGAUGAAGGCAGCCAUCGAGUCCUGCAUAGCUGCGUUUCCAGAGCAAGCGAAACUAGACGUGCAGCGCCUCCUGCAGGAGACAGAGGAGGAAAAUCUUCAGGAUGCACCUCAGAGUCUUCUGGAGUUCCUGGUGAAAAAGUAUGACUGGGUCUCCUGGUCUGUGCGGCUGAUCAAAAACUCAGGCAAAGCCUUUGAGAACCUGCGAGCCGGGAAGCACUUCCACCACGUGGCGGGACAGAACUGGUUCGAGGUUCUUCAGGUGAACGACGUCAGCCUGGUGGUGUCGUUCAGCACGGCGCCUCAGCCGGUUCCCAGCGACUGCGUCCGGCAGCUGAUGGAGGGUCCGGCCAGGAAGGGCAACGCUCCGGAGGCGGUGGAGGCGCUGGAGAAGCAGCUGUGCGGGUUCAUCGUUCACGGCAUCAGUCGGCACAAAGAGUCUGCAGCCGCGUGGAGCUUCCCGGAAGAAUGCCACUACUGGGAACGCCACAAGAACGUGGCCGUGUGUGUGCACUCGGAGUAACGCAGGGCUUAAAGAUUUAUCAUCCAUUUAAAGGGGCAGUGUUACGUAUAUUGUCUCUGUCUCUUUAAGAAGCUCUUGCUCUUCCAAACACUGUAUGUCAUCAUCCUUUCCUAUUAACAACGUUUUUACCCGCGUUGCACUGAGAAGCAGCUCGUGUGAUAAGUUCAACUGAUACACAGUUCCACCAGUGUCUGCUAACUGCUGCUGCCACUAGUCUGGAGGAACUGCGUGGGAAGGGGUGGUCCUCGGUUACAACAGGAUUUCUCAAACAUGAGUAAAAGAAUCAAAGCAACGCUCCAGCUGUGCUUUUCACGAGGGAGUAAAAUUAUAACACAAUGUAAAACUAACAGUCUAUUUUACAUAACCCCGCCCCUUUAACUGCAGAAACCUUCAUCCUCCUGCAAUAAUGAGGAAUAAAAUAUCAUUAUUUAUCUCUGUAUCAGCUGAAUAUAACUGCCAUACCAUAUAUCCUGUAGCUGCUUUAACAACUUUAAAACCCAAAGAACUGUGUGGAUCCUCCUUCAUUUGACUUGCUUAUCAUCAGCAGUUCAUUUAUUAAACUGCAUUCAGGAAUAAUUUCUAUCACUGACAUGUUUAGCAUAAUGAACAUAAUGUGGACCCCAGAUAACUGAAGUUUUUAUCUUAUCAGAGGCGACUUCUUCAGGAGGGAGACGUCACAACGUGCCUUAAGCUCCAGAAUAAAGAAACAACCAGCCUGAGAUUUAAAGCUGCAGCGUGAAACUUUUAUAAAAAAUGUUUUUACAUAUUUGUUAAGAUUGUCACCAUGGUGUCAAAGUUUGUUAUGAUAGAUAAUCUGUGAAAAAAACAAUUUCCUCCACUUUCUACAUGAGCUACGAUUACCUUUAGAAGAAAUGCAUUGAAACAACCAAUCAGAGGCAAGGGGAGGGGCUUAGCGCUGUCAAUCAACCUCACCUACUCACUGGUCAACGUGCUAAUGACGGAGAAACAACUUACAGUUACAGGAAAACCGUUUAUCCGCCAUUAUCUGUGGUCAUGACCAGCUGUGCUAACUGUAGCGUAGCAAAGGGGAGAGGAAGGAGGCUGAGCAGCGCCACAUGGAGAGGUGAUUGACUGUUGUUUUUUUAUUUAUAAAAGUUGCAUACUGCAGCUUUAAACCUACAGGGUUUGUUGGAAAACUCUCCAUUCGGGCACUUUUUACUAAAUCUGAAUGCUUUUUGCAUUAAUUUGCUCUUUCUGGAUGAAUACUGGACCUGGAUGAAUACUGGACCUGGAUGAAUACUGACCUGGAUGAAUACUGACCUGGAUGAAUACUGGACCUGGAUGAAUACUGGACCUGGAUGAAUACUGACCUGGAUGAAUACUGGACCUGGAUGAAUACUGACCAGGAUGAAUACUGGACCUGGAUGAAUACUGGACCUGGAUGAAUACUGGACCUGGAUGAAUACUGGACCUGGAUGAAUACUGGACCUGGAUGAAUACUGGACCUGGAUGAAUACUGGACCUGCUGUCUUCUUAUGCUGCUGUUGUUUCUCUUGAAUUUUGUUUGAAUAUGAACGGCAGUGAAAAACUUUCCUCUGUCUAUUAUUUGUGAUUAACACAAGGAUCAGGAAUGUUUCACCUCUUUAUUAACAAUAAAAACUCGAGCAUGAU